AUGUCGGCUUCUACCGCAGAUACCUUUACCUAUUCUACCAUCGAAACCAUCAUGUCUAACCGUAAAUACCGCGGGUGCAUAGGUGUUUUCUGGGACGUGGUGGAUUUCCCGUUCCCUGAUGGUUCGAGUCCUGCUUCGAUUUAUCACAACCUGAAAGUAUUUGUUCAGUCCUUGCCUUGUCCUGCUGAGCUGAUCUCAGUCAUGGUUUAUGCUGAUAAGUCAACGUUCAGUGAUGAACUGGUAGAUGAUUUUAAGAAAGCUGGAAUCACCAUCUUUUCCCGACAAGCAGAUGAGUAUACGAGGUAUCGUGCAAUGUCACUGGACAUUGCGUGGUGGGAAGCGGAUGUUUCUCUCUACAGAACUUUUAGACGAAAAGUUGUGCUGGUAAUCUCAAGAGAGGUGCAAAGAGAAUCGCUUUUCUCAACUUUUUUUAAAUCCAUGGCCUCUCUAUGUAAACCUAUUUACUUUACACCUGCUCAUGAUCCCCCAACUACUAGAACUAGUUACCUUGAGCCCAUAUCCUUCAUUCUCCCAUCCGAGCCUAUCCCUCAAAGUGUAACCGAGGACGAGGAGUCUCUUGAUCAUUCCGACGAAACCGAGCCUGAUUCUCCCAUCGAAUCCAAACAAGGGGAUAGAUAUCGGAGAGUUCAUAAAAUGUCCACUGACAUUGCUUUGUGGGCAAUGGAAAAUCCUGCGACGUAUUUUGAACCAAGAACUUUGAUGGUGAUCUCAAAAAACAUGGAACAAGGAACCGAUUUUCGUAAUACCCUUGAAGCUUUGGACAACAGGCAUUACAAUGUCCUCUUAGGACAGCCAGUAGAUGAGUUAAUACGCGUUGAAUGGCUUUCGAAUGAUGUACUUCCUAAGCACAGGCGAGAGGAGGCUGCUGGUUUUUCUCACAGAGUAGCUUCUUUGCAUGUCCCAAACUUUUAUUUGUGUGAUACACUCAUCAUAUGGGAUGUCCUCGGUUGCCCAACCGAUUUUUUUCCGAGUGUUUUCCCAGUUCUUGGCAAGAAGGAUUAUCACGACAGAGUCAGUAUUAGGCCUUACGCUGAUGUGGAUGAUGUGGUAUCCGUGGAUGAUCUGUUGAAAAAAAGGUCCGAGUGGUUUAAGUGUGAGCCCAUAAUCAGAGUCAGCUCCAAAGUGGAUAAAUAUGCGAAAGUUACUAGAAUGUUAUUGGACAUCAUGUUUUGGGCGAUGAACAAUGAUGAUGCACCACAAAACCUGUUGCUAAUCUCGAAAUCCUUUGAAGACGGCACCACCGCGUGUGACACUGUUAUGAAAGCAUUGGAACGAAGGGGUUUCAAUGUGAUUUUUAGACCUUGUGAUAAGAUCUCAUCAGUAGAUGAAUCUACAGUUGAAAUCUUUGAGUCUCUUUGUGAAAACCCCCCAGAUGGACGGCAAACGCUUGUCACUAUCAAGCAAAACCUAGACCUAUUUCAAGGCCGUAUUCUCACAAACAAGAGCCGAAAGCUUUCAAAGUAUCCGGUAGUCCUCUUCUGGUUGGCCGGGAAACGCCCUCCAUCAGAUCCUAGGAAGAUCUGGUCUAUUUUCGAAUCAGCUAUGGAGAAGAAAGGUUAUAAUGAUAUAGAGCGUUUUACGAGGGUGUAUAUUGAUGAGGGAAAUGAAAUGAUCAAGGAGUAUCAGAAGGCUCAUAUACAUCCCAUAAUCAUACCUGAGAAGGAUGCAUGUGGAGAAUUUCACCAAAUGUUAUUGGACAUGGUUACCAAGACACGGAAUUUUAUAUCGCCAGCAAACUUUGUCGUAAUCUCGGAACCUUUCGAGGACCCCAUGUGCGACCUUGUUGUUCAAGGUAUGAAACUCAGAAACUUCAAUGUUCUCUUCGAACUCCCCGAGUAUCUCCUCACAUUCGGAAGCUCAUCACUAUGGUCUGCAAAAAACAUUUUGUAG